GCGCUGACAGGCAGGGCUGGGUUUGGUGGAGCCGGCCUGGGGUGUGUGGUGAGGCCGGGUCUCCCGGCGCCCUGGGCCCAGGAAGAUGGUGCUGCGUGGCUGCCCGGUGAGCUACCUGCUUCUGUGCGGCCAGGCUGCUUUGCUGCUAGGGAAUCUCCUUCUGCUGCAUUGUGUCUCUCGGAGCCACUCGCACAAUGCUACCGCCGAGUCGGAGCUCAUGUCCGCUGCGGGCGCCGGCCGCCCGGAGAGCCCCGCCGCUGCUCCGAGCUGGGAAUAUGGCGACCCCCAGUCCCCAGUCAUCCUGUGCUCCUACCUACCCGAUGAAUUUAUAGAAUGUGAAGACCCAGUGGACCAUAUUGGAAAUGCAACUGCGUCCCAGGAGCUUGGUUACGGUUGUCUCAAGUUUGGUGGUCAGGCCUACAGUGAUGUGGAACACACCGCGGUCCAGUGCCGAGCCCUCGAUGGAAUUGAGUGUGCUAGUCCUAGAACCUUCCUUCGAGAGAAUAAACCAUGUAUAAAGUAUACCGGACACUACUUCAUAACCACCCUGCUGUACUCCUUCUUCCUGGGCUGUUUUGGAGUGGAUCGUUUCUGUCUGGGACACACCGGCACAGCAGUAGGGAAGCUGUUGACGCUUGGAGGACUUGGGAUUUGGUGGUUUGUCGACCUUAUUUUGCUUAUCACUGGAGGACUGAUGCCAAGUGAUGGCAGCAACUGGUGCACUAUUUACUGAGAAGAGCUGCUGGUACAGCCCAGAGGCAGGGGAAUGCUGGCACCUGAACUCAUCUCUGCAGGCUCAGAACUCUGCUUUGACAGCAGACCUGAACAUUGCUCUCCCUUUUGUGGAGGAGUAGGUUUGGUGAAGAAGGCUUCUUUGACUUUGGAUUUUCAACCCAAAUUUCACCUUGUGCAAGCCCAGAAGUAACAUACAAACAGUGUUAUGGAAGUCAAAUGUGUACUUUUCCUCAUGUACGAAAUAGAAAGCCUAAUGACCAACUUAUAAGCGGCAAAAGGGUUUCCAUCCUCUUUGUCUCUAUAGAUGGCUUUAUCUUCAGUCCUUUGGAGCAAGAGGACCCUACAGGAUGAGCAAAAUGAAGGGUUUUUUCCAUGUGCCUUUUGCAACCCUGAGAUUUCAAGUGUAGUCAACGAAAAUCUUCAGCAGAAGAAGAAAUGGCUGUGGAUUUUAAUACACACUGAAAUUCUGAAUUUAAGUUGCAGAAUAAAUUUCACCAACCUGGGAGUUUGCGUGAAUAUUGUAGUAGAGAGAGUGAAACUCAACAAAACAUUUGUUUUGCUGGUACCUAGGCAUAUGAAACAAGCCAUAACCCCAUUCUCACCAUUGUGUUCCAGAGGCAGUCCAUGCAUACAGAAGUUUCCUCCUUCCAGCCACGUUUUCAAAGCCAACAGUGUCAUGCAUACGUGAGAUGAACUAUUCCUCCUAGCAAAGCUGUCCCAUCUAAAAAUUAUUUACCAACUUAUGGCACUUGUCUUGUAAGCUGAUAACAUCAUACAAAUAACUGUAAAACCAUUCUCCACAGCUGGGUAAGAUAAAGUGAGAUGCAUCAUGCCCUGGCAAAGGUAAACCCACUUCUCCUUAAAAGACAGGAAUUCCAGGGUAGAAUUAGGAUGUGAUUUAUAGAGGCAAAGAGAAACUGAACAUGUUCUGUCAGAAUAACCAUGAUGUUAAAAAGUUGUCACGGUAAACUACAGCAAUCAAAGAGAUACAAUCAAGCUAUUGCACUCCCAGAUCACUAGGAAUAAAAGGAAAUGUUCCAAAUUAUA